AUGGCUAUAACCAAAGAACACACGAGCAGUGAUCAUGCUACCGACAUUCCUGGAAACAAUGAAGAAGCCUUAGAAUUGGGCACGACACGCAAUGAUAGAUCGAACGAAGGGAGUGGAAUUUCUCCCGAGAAUAACAAGAUGAUAGAGCAAGCCAAAGAAGAGCAGAGGAUCAUAAGGGGCUGGAGGUGGGCCUUGGCUUACACCUCCCUCAUGUCUACUGUCUUGCUCUUCGCUUUAGACAACACUAUUAUCGCAACCAUUCAACCUACCAUUGUCGAAACCUUCGGUGACCAGACAGCUCUGGCAUGGGUCGGAGUCAGUUUCGUGCUGGGCCAGUCUCUCAUUUUGCCCAUUGGAAAAGGUUACGGCCUCUUCAACAUGAAGUUGUUGUUCAUUGCCAGCUUAUUCCUGUUUGAGGCCGGCAGCGCCAUCUGCGGUGCCUCGCCAAACAUGGCAGCUCUCAUCAUUGGCCGUGUGGUGUCGGGCAUCGGCGGCAGUGGCGUAUAUGUUGGAGGCUUGACGUACAUCAGCGUCCUGACCACGACUGCAGAGCGACCCAAAUAUCUCGCCGGCGUCAUGUCCAUAUGGGGAUUUGGAAACGUGCUGGGUCCAAUUGUCGGCGGUGCACUUGCGCAGAGCGCCGCCACUUGGCGUUGGGGGUUCUACAUCAACCUCCCCAUUGCGGGCCUGUUCGCGCCCGGAUACCUGUUGCUACUCCCCAGUAUAAAUGUCAUGCCGGAUGUUUCUCUCGAAAAGAAACUACGGAUGCAGGACUGGGUCGGUAUUAUCAUCUUUACUGCCUUCUGCGCCUGUUUCUGCAUGGCCGGUAGCUUUGGUGGCACUCUUUACAAGUGGAAUAGCGGCUCGGAGAUUACGCUCUGGAUCAUGACUGUCGUGCUGCUGGUUGCCUUCAUCUUCGUAACUAUCUAUCACCCGCUUGUGCCUCCAGAGAGAAGGAUGAUGCCAGUUCAUUUCAUGAGGAACAAAGACCUCUUCCUGUUGCCUCUGCAAGCCUUUCUUGUUGCAGGCUCAAUGAUGAUGUCAAUUUAUUAUACGCCGUUGAUCUUCCAGUUUACUAAGGGGGAUGAUCCUUUACAAGGCGGGGUGCGCAUUUUGCCCCUGAUCUGCAUGAUUGUCUUUGGCUGUCUGUUGAAUGGCUUUGUGAUGCCUAAGACUGGAUAUUAUUUACCUUGGUAUGUUAUUGGCAACGCGUUAUUACUGACGGGCGCUGCCCUGAUGACGACUAUCGACGUCAACACUACCAACUCCCACCUCUAUGGCUUCACGGUGCUCAUCGGCCUAGGGAUCGGGUGUUUUCAGAGUGCUGGGAUUGGUGUUGUGUCGGCGCUCGCCCCUGCCUCGGAGGUCAACAACGCAGUAUCAAUCAUGACCGUUGCACAAGUUUUGGGCAUAAUCGUGUCCCUUUCGGUGUCUGGCUCAGUCUUCCAGAACAUGGUCCUCACAUACCUCGCCGCCGCAUUGCCAGAUGCCAAAAGGGAUGAGAUCAGUCAGCUGGUCACGGGAACGAGUGGUAAUUUUUACCAGAGCCUGAAUACUGCGCAAAAGUUCUUGGUCGUCAAACAGGUAACAGUAGCAAUUCGCGAUAGCUUCUACUACCUGGUCGGUAUCACCGCCAUUGGUUUCGUCACAUCUCUAUUUUUGAGUAGGAGGAAACUGUUCAUUGAGAGCGGCAGCGCGGUGGCCUAA